AAUCUAUGCUUUAUCAAUGAAUCAGUGAAGACGAGUCCGCCUCCUUCAACUCUCUCUCUCUUUCUCUCCCUCUCUCCGAGAGGGACCAAAUGAGGCAAUUACUCCACAAGGAAACAUCAGAUAGAUGGCUUAUUACUAGAAGAUAACAUCAUACAGUGGGGAGAGAUAAGAACAAAAGAAGAGGGGAGGUGAAAAUAGUCUAAUCGAUCAUCAUCAUCAUCACCGCUGACGUCCGGCUUUGGCGCACAUGAUCCGCUUCCUGUCAGCGUCCAGUGCGGAUGGACGAGCUUCCACUUUGAGGACUAUCACCGCCGACACAAGCGGAGGAACAGAAGUGUCGUCUGCAGGGCUUUCCGGUGGACGUUUCGUCUUUAUCGUCCUGAUUUUGCUCGGCUUUUAAGUUGCCGGAAGCGAGCACCGCUUCUACAGGACAAACGUUUCUCGAGAUGUACAACAACCAUGGCCGUCUUGUGGUCGUCCACACUUGUCCCGAUCAUUCUGGCUUUAGUGUCCAAAGCGUCAGUCGGCUGUCCGUCUGGUUGCCGCUGUUACAGUCUCACAGUGGAGUGCGGCUCUCUUGGAAUCAAAGAAAUCCCGCAGGGUGUCCCCUCCUUCACUGAGACCUUGUUCCUCCAGGACAACGUUAUUGUUCAGAUCCGUCUUCAGGACCUGACCCAGCUGGGUAGCCUCCAUUACCUGUACCUUCAAAACAACAGCAUUUCAGCUCUGGAGCCAGGAGCAUUUCUCAGCCAGGGCCAGCUACUUGAGCUCGCCCUCAAUGGAAACCUCAUCCAUUUGGUUACCCCAGGCAUGUUCCGAGGUCUUGAGCACCUUCGGAUCCUCUACCUUGCCGGGAACCAGAUCACUCGAAUACAGGACAACACCUUUAGAGGCUUGCAGCGCCUUCAAGAACUCCAUCUGCAGGAAAACAGCAUAGAACUGCUGGCAGACAAAGCACUAUCUGGACUGUCAUCUCUUGCUCUUCUGGAUCUUAGCAGAAAUCACCUCCAUACCUUGGGCGCCUCGUCACUCACGCCACUUGUCAGCCUGCAGGUUCUCCGAGUCACAGAGAAUCCUUGGCGUUGCGACUGUGCUCUUGGCUGGCUGAGGACAUGGAUCAGUGAGGAUGGGCAGCGGCUGCUAAGCUCUGCGGAGCAGCGUCGGCUGAUGUGUUCAGAGCCACCUCGCCUGUCCCACCUCAGCCUGGGGGAGGUGGCUCCAAACAGCCUGGUCUGCAUCCCCCCUGUUGUACAGCUCGAGCCUAGCCAUUUAACUGUAAGACUUGGGGAGAGCCUCAGAGUCUCCUGUGAAGCCUCAGGAUACCCUCAGCCUCAGGUGACCUGGAAAAAAUCUUCAAAUGGUAAGGCCCAGUUGUCCCCUCGAGGCUUGGUUCAAGAACUGGGUCCCAAUGGUGAGCUUUUCCGGCCUGGCAUUAGAGGAGCUGUCACAGCUCUGCCCAGCGCUGGCGGGGUGAAGAUGGGAGGAGUCAGUGGGGUUGUGCGUGGGACGGAGGAGGGUGGUGAGAGGGACAGCUUUGACCCAGACAUGGGCAGCGGCAUGCUGUUCCUCAGCAAUGUGACAGUAGCGCAUGCUGGUCGCUAUGAGUGCGAAGCAUGGAACCCCGGUGGUGUGGCGAGGGUUACUUUCCACUUAGCUGUCAACAUGUCCUCCUCCUCAUAUUCAUCACAGUUCUGGCCGCAUUUCAACACACAUUCCUCUGUGUCCUCUUCGUCUAAAUCCUUCUACCAGCCAGAGGUAGUGGACGUUAGCCAGGAGCCACUUUAUGAGCAAGACAGCAUGGACUUCAGUGCUCUUGGCCCAGCCACACAGACCGCUAUUGCAGUUGGCAUCUCCUUACUGGCGCUCACUGCUCUUCUCCUCUUGAUUAUGAUCUACACCCGACACCAGCAAUACCAGAAGGAAGAAGCGGGAUCCUACUGUACAAGUAAAGAAGAAAGUAUCAUCUAUGUGAACGAUUACUCUGACGGACCCACAACUUUUGCACAGCUGGAGGAGUACAGCGACGACCAUGGCCAUGAGAUGUACAUACUUAAUCGAGCCAAGCCGGCUGGGACGGCCUCGGCGAGGUGUCCCAUGAUGGGAGGGUACGUCCAACCAAACAGCAUGAAAGAAGCUCUCCUGGACCAUCAAGUGAUUCACACCCUGUCCCGAUCAGGAGGAAUGGGGGUUCGGAGGAAACCAGGAGAUGGCGGCGAGGGGCCACUAACAACAGACCCAGAGGAGGUCUUCCUCAGUCAAAGUCUCCUUUUUGGGUCACAGCUGGCGUAUGAAAUCCAUUGCUAAGUGAGUUCCAACUGGAAACAAUGUCUUGAUGCAAUUGAUCAACGAUAUCAAAGGAUACCAACCUGGUGCAAUGAAGUGAUUGUUGGAACUUACCAAAGAGAGGACAUUAUUGGAUGCCUAAUCGAUUGUAUAUGCUCAAUUGCGUGACAUUGGAUGGGUGAAAAGGAUGCAGGAAUAAUAUAAUGAAACCAUUCCAACUCUGAAUCAACCCUUUAAAGAUAAUAAUAUCGCUACAUACAGAACAUAGGUAACAUUUCAUGAUAGAGUGAAACUGUGACGCAUCUAACCAGUUCUAAUCGUGCUUAGACAUUGUGUAAUGACUGUCUUUUGUGUAAAUAUGAUGACACUGAUUUUAAAAUGCAGUGUUUUUGUGGCCCUUGUUGUAGAUGCCAUUUUUUACCAUAACACUGUAAAUAUUGUUGAUGUUGUUGAUAAGUUUUUUGAUUCAAGUUGUAUGAAACACAUUAUGGAAUUAACUCCAUUGGCAUUUGUCUGUAGCAGCCAAUUUACUGUGGUGUGGAUAUGUCAUAAUCCGUCUGCACUUUCUACAUAAUAAAAUACA